GAUUGAAGACUGAAGUUGUUAAAUAUUUCCUCAAAAGCUUUGAAUGUUUUAUUAUUUAGACAGUGAAAUCAAAAUAUUAAACACUUGAUCUAAUUAGGUUUACGUGAGAACUACAAAUUGUGAAAUCCAAAUAAUGAUUUCGUGUUAUUUAUUUGAAGUGGUGUAGACGGUUAAGAAGCGUUCGUUGUGAUGCAAACUGGAAGCUGCUAAUUUUUGUUCCGUGUAAGCACGGGAAUACAAAUAACCUAUCAAGAUGGAUUUCCAUUCGAAUUUCAUGGAGCCCGCAACACCAGCCAUAACAUAUGACAACAUUAACAGAUUUUCGAAGAAUGAAGAUAGCGGCUAUCAUACAUCUUACACUCCAGGUUCAUUCCAAUAUUCGGAAAUAUCAGACGACAGUCUAAAUUCUGUCGUACAUAGGCAAUUUUGCCAAAUUCAAGUUGAGUGUUUUGAUAUCACUCCUGAUGUGAAGGUUCGGUUAAGUCAGAGAUACAAGUGUUCCAGUUCCAUAAGUUUUGAAAACAAUAGAGAUUCUCCUGCAAGUAGACGUGGAGUCAAGCGGCCCUUUCAAGAAGAAAUAGAAAAUGUCGAAGAAACCUCUUCUAUUCCAACACCCACUACUCUUAUAGCUGGAUGUUUACGUAAACUUAAAUUUAGUGAUGGCAGUAAAAUGAAAAGCAAAGGCACUAAUAGGUGUACCAACACGAUUUUGCAGGAGUUUAAUUAUCAACAUGAAUGUGGAGCAAGUGAAAUGUCAUAUCCUACCACACCUGUUAAGAAAGUUUGUAGAAGCAGUUGUAAGUUGAAUAGCCCCUUGAGUCUGAGGAGACCAGCGAAAAAAUUAAUCACCCAUUCUCUUUCAUGUGAUAUUGAACUGUUAGAACCAGUGAAGCAGCCGUCUGCAGUAAAAGUUAAAUCAUACCACAUCAAACCUAACAAAAAGAUUGAUAUCAUAAAAAUGUUAUACGAGCAUGCAGCUAUGCCUCCGAUUAUGGAAAUAUUCAAGUAUUUAUCCAACGAAGAUAUUUAUAACUUUAGUUUAGUGAGUGAUACAUGGUUGAAGGUUUGGGAUGAAGUUAGUAAGAAGUUAACAGUGAAGCAAAAGUUUGUCCAGUUUAUGCAAAGUGAAAAGGAAAACCAAGAGAACAAAGGAACAACACCAAAGGACAUGUGUCACAGGGUUGUUAGAAUACCAAUGGGGAUCCACAAUGUGGCCCACACUCACUCUACAAAGAGCUCAGUAACCAGCCCCCCGGGUACUCCCAGAACAAAUAAGUUCAAAAAGUUUACUAAGGCUGCAUCUUUAGAUUCACGAGUUCAAGUUGUGUGUUCAAGAUGUGACCAACCGGCUAAAGUAAAUCAAGAGGAUUCAGAUGAGGAAUGGGUUGAAUGUACCAAUGACACUUGUGCUUACCAGUUUUGUAGAUUUUGUAGAUGUGACAGACACCCCGGCAGAAAGUGCCGCCAAUACGACUUAGAAGGUCCUAGUCCUACAAAAAGAAAGAAAACCUCAUUUGCAAUUUGCACAAAGAAGAGUAAGAGAAUUUUACGUAGACUCUUGUGACUUCAUUGU